CUUCACACGUGUGUGGAGGUCCAUCCAUCCCGUCCUGACAGUCUGCAGACCACCUCACCAACCAGACCACCCUCAGGACAUUUACAAGCAGCUGAAGUUUCUCCAGGACUUCAGAGUCGAGCAGCAUCUCAUCGUUUCAUCGUGAACAGACCGAACCGCUGCAGCUGCUGCACUCAUGGCUGUAGUGAAGUUCUACAGUAAUGAAGUUGUGAAUGGGCGAGCCUUACAGAGGGCAGCCAAGCUCUACCCCCAACUGUCAAUCACCACCGAGCUGUGCUACAAUGCGGAGCUGACAGGCUGCGAGAGUCUGAGUGCAGAACAGAAGGAGGUUCUCCUCUGGUUGUUUCGCCCUCCCCUGCAGGCGGAGCCGCUGUCUGAGAAACCAAACCUCACAGAGGGCAGCGGGGAGAAACUGGUGGAGAUCGGACCCAGGUUGAACUUUUCCACCGCCUGGUCCACUAAUGCCGUGUCCAUCUGCCAGAGUGCCGGCCUCACUAAUGUCACACGGGUCGAGCUGUCUCGCAGGUUUCUAAUCAAGCCAAAGAAUGGACAGAGUGUGAAGGAGCUCAAUGGAGAUAUAAAGAAGCUGAUUGAGUGUCUGUAUGACAGUAUGACAGAAUGCAUCUAUCAACAUCCCAUCACAUCCUUCGCCGUGGAAACCAAACCACAGUCGGUGUUUGAGGUGGACAUCCUGGGGAGGGGUCGUGCAGCCUUGGAGACGGCAAAUGAUGAUCUUGGUCUGGCCUUUGACUCCUGGGAUCUGGACUACUACACGUCGAUGUUCCAGAGGAUUAAAAGGAACCCCACCAGUGUGGAGUGUUUUGACUUGGCCCAGUCCAACAGCGAGCACAGUCGUCACUGGUUCUUCCGUGGCCGGAUGGAGAUUGACGGGCAGGAGCAGAAGGAGACUCUCUUCAGUCUUAUAAUGGACACCCAGCAGCACAGCAACCAGAACAACGUCAUAAAGUUCUGUGACAACAGCAGUGGUAUCAAAGGGAUAGAGCUGGAGUGUGUUUACCCUAAAGAUCCAUCCCAAGCCAGCCCGUAUGAGACCCGGCGUUCACUAAGACAUGUCAUCUUCACUGCAGAGACACACAACUUCCCCACAGGUGUCGCUCCAUUCAGCGGUGCCACCACAGGGACAGGAGGGCGUAUCAGAGAUGUUCAGAGUGCUGGACAGGGAGGACACGUCAUCGCCGGCACUGCAGGAUACUGCUUCGGCAACCUGCACAUACCAGGUUACGUUCUCCCCUGGGAGUCGGAAGGAGAGGGUUGGGAGUAUCCGUCCAGCUUUGCCCCUCCGCUGCAGGUGGCAGUUGAGGCCAGUGAUGGCGCCUCAGACUACGGCAACAAGUUUGGAGAACCUGUCCUGUCAGGUUUUGCUCGCUCGUUCGGCAUGCGGCUGGCGAAUGGAGAGCGGCGGGAGUGGAUUAAGCCAAUCAUGUUCAGUGGUGGUCUCGGUUCUAUUGAAGAUACGCAUGUAAAGAAAGAAGAGGCACAGGCUGGAAUGGAAGUAGUGAAGAUCGGAGGGCCGGUGUACAGAAUCGGUGUGGGAGGGGGAGCGGCCUCCUCAGUAGAAGUCCAGGGGGACAACUCCAGCGACAGAGAUCUGGGUGCAGUGCAGAGGGGAGAUGCUGAGAUGGAACAAAAGAUGAAUCGCGCUCUCCGGGCGUGUCUGGAAAGAAGCAGCGGGAACCCAAUCUGUAGUAUACAUGAUCAGGGGGCCGGAGGAAACGGUAAUGUGCUUAAGGAGCUCAGUGAGCCAGCGGGAGCUGUAAUCUACUGCAGUAGAUUCAAGAAAGGUGACCCCACACUGAGUGUGCUGGAGCUGUGGGGGGCAGAGUAUCAGGAGAGCAAUGCCCUGCUGCUCCGUCCAUCCGACAGGUCCUUCCUGGAGAGGGUUUGUCAGAGGGAGAAGUGCCCUGUUGACUUUGUGGGAAACAUUACUGGAGACGGCAAGAUUGUGCUGGUGGAUGAUGAGGGAGGCUGCGGUGAUCAAGCAGACAAGGGGCGCUGUCCCGUCGACCUGCAGCUAGAGUGGGUUCUAGGUAAGAUGCCGCAGAAGGAGUUUAAGAUGGAGCGUCUGGCUGCGAUGCAUCAGCCACUGUCUCUUCCUGCGGGGCUGAAAGUCAAAGAUGCACUGGACAGAGUCUUACGUUUGCCUGCUGUGGCGUCCAAACGCUACCUGACUAACAAGGUGCGUGUUGUUGUGGGUUCCUCUCAGUCCAGGCCAUCAUCGCCUGGGAGGCUCUUCCCUGGCUCAGUGCUACAGCCAGCUGGGAGACUGCUCUCCUGACCUGGAUCAGCCAGAACUAUUGACUGCGUGCUUCAACACCACACAGACACUCAUACACGAUCGUCUGCUGAGUGCAGGACAUGACAUUAGCGAUGGAGGACUCAUUUCCUGCUUACUGGAGAUGGCGUUUGCAGGAAACCGUGGAAUCGACGUUGAGUUGUCAUCACAAGGAACUGGAGUCAUGGAGCUGUUGUUCAGCGAGGAGCUGGGUUUGGUUCUGGAGGUUUCACAGCUCAAUGUAGAGACGGUGUGUCGGAGAUACAGUGACGCGGGCGUGCAGUGCCAUCGCGUUGGCAGAACCUGUGGCUUCGGACCAGAGGCUGUGGUCAGUGUUCUUGUGGAUGAACAGGAAGUACUGAGUGAGCCGCUGCCUAAACUCAGAGCAUUAUGGGAGGACACUAGUUUCCAGCUGGAGCGCCUCCAGGCCAGUGAAGUCUGUGUUAAAGAGGAAGAGGAAGGGCUAUCUAAGAGGACACAGCCCUACUUCAAACUGACCUUUGACCCCUCAGAAAUGCCCAGCAUCAGCCAGCUCACUGCAGGGAAGCCUCGUGCAGCUGUGGUCAGGGAAGAAGGCAGUAACGGAGACAGAGAGAUGUCUGUGUCUCUCUAUAUGGCUGGCUUUGAGGUGUGGGAUGUCACCAUGCAGGACCUGUGCUCUGGCUCCAUAACUCUGGAGUCUUUCAAAACAGUCGUGUUUGUUGGUGGAUUCAGCUAUGCAGACGUUCUGGGAUCAGCUAAAGGUUGGGCUGCUACAGUUGCAUAUAACCCCAAGGCCAAGGCAGAGUUCGACCGCUUCCGACGGCGGGAUGACACACUGAGUCUGGGUGUGUGUAAUGGGUGCCAGCUGCUCGCCCUGCUGGGCUGGGUGGGAGAGGGCAAGGAUGGAGCAGACACUGAAGUGGUGCUGACCCAUAAUAAGUCUGGCAGGUUUGAGUCUCGCUUCGUCAGCGUUGGGAUCAAGGAGUCCCCGUCCGUCUGGCUCAGAGGCAUGGAAGGCUCAGCCCUGGGAGUGUGGGUUGCACAUGGAGAAGGGCUGAUGCAAUUCCGUAGCUCCCCGGCCCAGGACCAGAUUAUUUCUGGUGGGCUCGCCCCCCUCCAUUACCUUGACGACCAGGGUCAACCCACUGAAGAGUACCCUCUGAACCCUAACGGCUCCCCACAUGGUAUAGCAGGGCUCUGCUCCAAGGACGGGAGACACCUGGCCAUGAUGCCCCACCCGGAGCGCUGCACCCUGGGCUGGCAGUGGCCCUGGGCUCCAAGGGACUUCAGAGCUUCUCUUACACCUUCCCCCUGGCUACGCAUGUUCAAGAACGCAGCUGCCUGGUGCAGCAACAUGGAGUGAGAAUACUGUUUACGUUUCUGUUGCUGUCAAAGUAGCAUUAUUGUCUUUGUUGGGUUGUGUGUAAACUGAAACUGUAAUGCCAAUGUUUAAAUUACUUAACAGGUAAUUCACCUUUUUGCUUCCCUCGGUACAUGGACUUUGCAUUAUUACUGACUCCUGCUGUAAUACUUUAUAACUUUGAGACUGUUGUGGAUUCUUGUUGACUUUGUAUACAUUCUGUAGGUUUCACUCUGGCAAUCACUGUAUGUUUUACAAAACUGUUCUGUGUCAAUCAGAUCUGCUGACAUUGCCUUUGUUGCUCUGCUGAAACUUGAAAAAUGAAAUUUGCUAAUAAAUAAAAUAAUAAA